AUGCAGGUCUGGUCGGGUACCAUUCCGCUCUUGCUGCGUGUCCCUCGGGCAGGCCCCUCUGAUCCCGAAGAGGAUUGCUUUGUAAAGGAAAACAAUAGCGAUGACUUCAUAAUGUGUGGCACAUGGCUUGGCAGCAGAUCCUGUCCCACCGGUUCUACGUGCAAUAAAACCGCAUUUAACCCAGACUAUAAUUAUACGAAUUUUGACAACUUUGGCUGGUCUUUUCUCGCCAUGUUCCGGGUUAUGACUCAAGACUCCUGGGAGAAGCUUUAUCGACAGAUCCUCCAGACCUCUGGGAUCUACUUUGUCUUCUUCUUCGUGGUGGUCAUCUUCCUGGGCUCUUUCUACUUGCUCAACUUAACCCUGGCCGUUGUCACCAUGGCUUACGUAGAACAGAACAGAAAUGUGGCUGCCGAGACCGAAGCUAAGGAGAGGAUGUUUCAGGAAACCAACCACCUGUUAAUGGAGGAGAUGAAGAUGGAGGAGAAGUACUACCCAGUGAUCUUCCCAGACGAGCGGAAUUUCCGCCCCUUCACGUCUGACUCUUUGGCUGCCAUAGAGAAGCAGAUCGCCAUCCAAAAGGAGAAGAAGAAAUGCAAAGACAAGACAGUGGCUGAGCUCCAGCCUCGGCCUCAGUUUGACCUAAAGGCCUCCAGGACGUUACCCAAGCUUUAUGGGGACAUUCCCCCUGAGCUUAUAGCGAAGCCCCUGGAAGACCUGGACCCAUUCUACAAAGACCAUAAGACAUUCAUGGUGUUGAACAAGAAGAGAACAAUCUAUCGCUUCAGCGCCAAGCGGGCCUUGUUCAUUCUGGGGCCUUUUAAUCCCAUCAGAAGCUUAAUGAUUCGCAUCUCUGUCCAUUCAUAUCCUUUCUCUAAGUCUAGCCUGGGAAACCUGUGCAAACCCCAGGGGUCCAUCUCUAUCCUCCGGACCUCUGGGAUCUACUUUGUCUUCUUCUUCGUGGUGGUCAUCUUCCUGGGCUCUUUCUACCUGCUCAACUUAACCCUGGCCGUCGUCACCAUGGCUUACGAAGAACAGAACAAAAAUGUAGCUGCUGAGACCGAGGCUAAGGAGAGGAUGUUUCAGGAAGCCCAGCAGCUGUUAAGGGAGGAGAAGGAGUACAGCUAUGCCUCAGAACACAUCCUGUACCUUGUCAGUCACCUACAAGUCUGUGUCGUUCUCUGGGGUGGGCUUCCUGUGACCCCCAGCUGUGGAGGUCUGAAGGUCAUCGUAGGCGCCCUGCUGCGCUCCGUGAAGAAACUGGUAGAUGUGAUGGUCCUCACUCUCUUUUGCCUCAGCAUCUUUGCCCUGGUUGGUCAGCAGCUCUUCAUGGGAAUUCUGAGCCAGAAAUGUAUUAAGGACAGCUGUGGCCCUAACUCUACAUCCAACAAAGAAGAAAAAUCCCAGGAACCCUGUUUCCCAUGUGGGAAAAACAGGUCUAAGUACCUGGUAUGGGACUGCAGCCCUCAGUGGCUGUGCAUGAAGAAGGUGCUGCGGACCAUCAUGACAGAUCCCUUUACUGAGCCGGCCAUCAACAUCUGCAUCAUCAUCAACACUGUUUUCACUGGAAUUUUCAUAGUGGAAAUGUGUCUCAAGAUCAUCGCGCUGGACCCUUACCACUACUUCCGGCAUGGCUGGAACAUCUUUGACAGCUUCGUGGCCCUCGUGAGUCUCGCUGACGUGCUCUACAAAACAGUGUCUAAUAAAAACCACACCUUCUUGGCUUCCCUCAGAGUGCCACAACUCCUUGAGCAAACAAAACGACUGUCCCAAAACUUGCCAGUGGAUCUCUUUGAUGAGCACGUGGACCCCCUCCAUAGGCAGAGAGCCCUGAGUGCCGUCAGUAUCUUAACCAUCACCAUGCAGGAACAAGAAAAAUCCCAGGAACCCUGUCUCCCAUGUGGGAAAAACUUGGUGUCUAAGUACCUGGUAUGGGACUGCAGCCCUCAGUGGCUGUGCAUGAAGAAGGUCCUGCGGACCAUCAUGACAGAUCCCUUUACUGAGCUGGCCAUCACCAUCUGCAUCAUCAUCAACACUGUCUUCUUGGCCAUGGAACACCACAAUAUGGAUGACUCUGUUUUCACUGGAAUUUUCAUAGUGGAAAUGUGUCUCAAGAUCAUCGCGCUGGACCCUUACCACUACUUCCGGCAUGGCUGGAACAUCUUUGACAGCUUCGUGGCCCUCGUGAGUCUUGCUGACGUGCUCUACAAUAGACUGUCUAAUAAAAACCGCACCUUCUUGGCUUCCCUCAGAGUGAUAUUUGAAGAUGUCAAUCUCUCCAAGCGUCCCCAAGUUGAGAACUUACUAAAGUAUUCCGAUAGCAUUUUUACAUUUAUUUUUCUCCUGGAAAUGAUUCUGAAGUGGAUAGCCUUUGGAUUCUGGAAGUAUUUCACUAGUGCCUGGUGCUGGCUUGAUUCCCUCAUUGUAGUGGUGUCAGUGCUCAGUCUCGUGAACGUGCCAAAAUUGAAGUCCUUCCGGACUCUGCGAGCGCUGAGGCCUCUGCGAGCGCUGUCCCAGUUUGAGGGAAUGAAGGUUGUUGUCAAUGCCCUCCUGAGCGCCAUACCUGCCAUUCUCAAUGUCUUGCUGGUCUGCCUCAUUUUCUGGCUCAUAUUUUGUAUCCUGGGAGUAAAUUAUUUUUCUGGGAGGUUUGGAAGAUGCAUUGAGGGGACAGACAUAAAUGACUAUUUGGACUAUACCACCAUUUCAAACCGAAGCCAAUGUGAAGUUAGUAAUUACUCUUGGAAGGUCCCGAACGUCAACUUUGACAAUGUGGGGAAUGCCUACCUGGCCCUGCUGCAAGUGGCAACCUAUAAGGGCUGGCUGGACAUUAUGAAUGCAGCUGUCGAUUCCAGAGAGAACAAGUGUCAAGCCUUCGUGUUCGACCUAGUCACAAGCCAGGUCUUUGAUGUCAUCAUUCUGGGUCUUAUUGUCCUAAACAUGAUUAUCAUGAUGGCUGAAUAUGAUGAAAUCUUUGAUAUCCUCAACAUAACCUUCGUGGUCAUCUUUACUGUAGAGUGUCUCGUCAAAGUCUUUGCUUUGAGGCAACACUACUUCACCAAUGGCUGGAACUUAUUUGAUUGUGUGGUCGUGGUUCUUUCUAUCAUUAGUACCAUGGUUUCUGUCUUGGAGGACAGUAACAUUUCCUUCCCGCCCACACUCUUCAGAAUUGUCCGCUUGGCUCGGAUUGGUCCAAUCCUCAGACUGGUUCGGGCAGCUCGCGGAAUCAGGAUGUUCCUCUUCGCUUUGAUGAUGUCUCUUCCCUCUCUCUUCAACAUUGGUCUGCUGCUCUUUCUGGUGAUGUUCAUUUAUGCCAUCUUUGGGAUGAACUGGUUUUCCAAAGUGAAGAAGAGCUCUGGGAUCGACGACAUCUUCAACUUUGAAACCUUUUCGGGCAGCAUGCUCUGUCUCUUCCAGAUAACCACUUCAGCCGGCUGGGAUACUCUCCUCAACCCUAUGCUGGAUCCUAAAGCCCACUGCAACUCCUCCUCCCAAGAGAGCUGUCAGCAGCCUUGGGUAGCCAUAGUCUACUUCGUCAGCUACAUCAUCAUCUCCUUUCUUAUUGUGGUCAACAUGUACAUAGCAGUGAUCCCAGAGAACUUCAAUACAGCCACGGAGGAGAGCGAGGAACCCCUGGGUGAAGACGACUUUGAAAUAUUCUAUGAGAUCUGGGAGAGGUUUGACCCCGAAGCAACACAGUUCAUCCAGUACUCAUCGCUCUCUGACUUUGCUGACGCCCUGCCCGAGCCAUUGCGCGUGGCCAAGCCCAAUAAGUUUCAGUUUCUCAUGAUGGACUUGCCUAUGGUGAUGGGUGAUCGCCUCCAUUGCAUGGACGUUCUCUUUGCUUUCACCACCAGGGUACUUGGGAACUCCAGCGGCUUGGAUACCAUGAAAGCCAUGAUGGAGGAGAAGUUCAUGGAGACCAAUCCUUUUAAGAAAUUGUAUGAGCCCAUAGUCACCACCACCAAGAGAAAGGAGGAGGAGCAAUGUGCCGCCAUCAUCCAGAGGGCCUACCGCAAACACAUGGAGAAGAUGAUCAAGUUGAGGCUGAAAGACAGGUCAAGUUCAUCGCUCCAGAUGUUUUGCAAUGGAGACUUGUCUAGCUUGGAUGUGGCCAAGGUCAAGGUUCACUAUGACUGAGCCCUCCCCCUCACCUCCACCCCUACCUCACAGCCUAACAGCUUAGCCUCUGGCGAACAAGCAGCAGACUCACCGAACAGGCCAUUCAACUUACUUUCUUGGGUGAAAGAGGUAAUAGGUUGGUGUCCAUUUUUAAAUGAUUCUUGGAAGGAUUUAAGGUAGAAACUUGUUAGAAAGGACUGCAAAGGACAUUCACAGUAACGGAAGGCCUGAAGGACAGUUCAAAUUAUGUGAAGAAACAAGAAGGAAAGAUCACAUGAAAACUUCAGAUUGUGUUCUCAGUACAUUCCCCAACAUGUCUGUUCAGUGUUGAAGUAUGUGACCUGCCACAUGUAGCUCCUUUGCAUGUUAAGUGAGAAGUCAAAGCCCUGCAGAAAGUAAAUAGCUCAUUGCAGGUGUUUCUACCAGCACCUCGGAUUUGGGUGUAUGGCUCAAACCUGAAAGCAUGACUCUGACUCAUUCAGAAGCUCGGAUCUCUAGAUGUUUAACAGAUAAAUAGAUAAAAGAAA